AUGGCCACCAAGCUCCAAAUCUCCAACCCACGGCGCAUCCUCCUCGUCGGCACUCCCGACUCCGACCAGCUCGUCUUCCUCAAAACUCUAACAGGCACCCUCCCAGCCCUCACCACCGACUUCCCCGCCGGCGCAUCCCACACACUCCACAUCCAGACCGCCUACUACGACGCCACCGUCCCCAUAUGGAUCGACGAGAUCACGCCGUCGGCCGAGGACGAGUGGGCGAGCGGCUACCUGGCGCCCGAGGCGAAGGAGGUGCUGAAGGCGCUCGGCGGGUUCAUCAUCACGUUCCUGCGGCCGCAGGAUGAAGCUGGUUUGGAGGCGAUCAAGAAGCUUCUGGCGGCGCUGCAGCGCGUGGUCAGGGCGUGCGGGUAUGCGUGGGACGGGGUGUGUCUUGCGGUCGCGAUGCCGCAGAGCCUAAGGCCCGUGCUGGAGAAGCCGGUUGACGACUGGGAGGACCUGUGUCGCGAGUAUGGGUUUGAGUAUGUUGACUACGAGUUCAAGGGGCGGAACGACUACGGCGAGCCGGCGGGGAUGGAGCGCGUGCAUGAGGCGCUUGAGGCCAAUGAUUGGGGUGGCGACGACGAUGAUGCGGCGAGUUUUGGGUCGUUUGAGGAUGGGGAGGAGGGGGUGGACCCGUUGAAGUUGGUGGGGGAUGAGAUGGAGAGGGAGAUGUUUGGGCUCCAUAGUGCUAUCUUCCCGGAUGAGGAUGGGGAGGGGGAGGAUGAGGAUGAGGAGCUGCAGGUGGAGAAACUGGAGGCUAUGAUGAUGAGGAUGGCGGCGUUGAAAGGUAUUGCCUUACCACCGCCCAAUAUGGGCGAAGAAGUAUCAAAAGAAGAACGCCGUAAGAUUGCCGCAAAGGCAAUCGCAGAUGUCAUGAAAUCUGCAUGA